UCAAAAUAUACGAAUUUUUAUAAUACGCUUUUUGUAUUUUAAUUCUUUAAAAAUAAUUCUUCAAAAUAAAAUCAGUGCUAUUACUAAUAUAUGAAAUUAUGGCAGAUCUGAAUAGCCUAGACUCUGCUAAAAAAAAACAAUAUAUAAUAUGUGUGUGUGGCACUUGACCAGAAUAAAUCCUUAUGAAUAAAGGUAGUGAAAAUGCCCUAAAAACAGCUAAGGGUUAAAUGCCCAAAUCAGAGGAAUUCAGAUGGGGCAGGUUCAAAAUGCUUACUGGCCUAUUGUUAUGCGGGCUCACAGUCCAAUGUAGGAGCAGAGGGCAUUCUGUAGUUGUAAAACAACCAACAGCCUAUGCCUUUUCUCAUGUUCUGGGCUUGCUUAAUCAGUAACAACAUAAUCUUAAUCCGACAUUCCCCUAGGAUACUUUUAUUUGCCACUGACUUGUGAACAAAGUUAAACAAGCGCAUAACGUCAACGCCGACGGGAGAAUCGGGCCCUUUAAACCGGUUGAACACAUCUGUUCUUCCCUAAAAAACAAACAAGUAAAACAUACCAGCUUACAAUUGAUUAUAAUAUGCUCUUCGAAGGUCGGCCCAAUGUAUGGUCGAAAAACCAUGAAGGGCUACCUGGCGACCAAGGGCAUUCGUGCGUGCCACAUGCGAGUGGGAGCAGCAAUGCAAGCUGUCCGCCCGCAUUACCAUGAAGGUCGCCAACGGGGAGCACGGAAUCUCAACCCAGUACCUUAUCGGGCGGAAUAUUUCGGUGAAAAACUGCACAUGGACCAAAACGAAAAGUUGGUGAUGUUUGGAGUGACCCAUGCAAUGGCAAUUGAUGGAUACAGUGGGAAGUUGGUGGGCCACUCCACGAUGCCUGUUAAGAAUAACCUCGUAAUAUAUGAGGAGGUGUACAGAAAAGCAGUGCUUGGCCAUGGGUUGUGGGAUCAGGUAAGGACCGACAGAGGGAGAGAGUUUUACCUGUGCCAGUACGUGCAGGAGAAACUGGCAGGGCAGCGAUACUGCACUGCAAGACCCUCUUUUCUGCAGACACCCUCAACAUUAAACCAUCGCAUCGAGAGGCUAUGGUCCGAGGUAAACACUAGGGUGAACUUCCCCAUUAAAGCUUGCCUUCAAAGUCUAACCGACCAAGGAGCCAUUAAUAUGGAGGAUGACGUGGUGAAGUUUUGCACCUCACAGCUGGCUUGCCAAGUUGCCAGUGUUGGUCUGACCUGAUUUGUGGAGGCCUGGAAUCAGCACAGUGUGCCAGGUAGGGGGAUUCCAGAUUCUCUGGCCUCUGGCGGAUGUCCUGUGAAGGUGACACCAAGCAUGGUGCCUUGUGCCGCUGUUGCAGCGGACCUUUCUCUCUCACUAGGCAUUCGCCUUUUGGGAGAGAUCCAUUCAUCAGUGUGGAGGAGCGAGCCUUGGCAUGGGGACCUCAAUGCCAUGUUCAACAGUGUGGUCAAUGAGAACAAUGGGCCUUUCAGUGAUGCUCUGUUGGACCUAAUUCGGAUCUCCACAUAAAAGGUCCUUGGAGGAAAAGACCACCCCCUUUACUACCCUGGAGAAAGGACUCCACCCAUCUUCCCCUCUGUGUUUGUAUUGUUUUGUCCUGCAUCAUCUGUGUUCACGCUCACCACCCCCUCCAACCCUGCUCCAUCCCUGGAGAAAAAAAGACUCCUCCCCUGUUCCUUCCCUGGAGAAAAAAGACUCCACCCCCUUUGCUACCCUGGAGAAGGACUCCACCCCCUUUGCUAACCUGGAGAAAGGACUCCACCCAACUUCACCUCUGUGUUUGUAUUGUUUUGUCCUGCGUCUUUUGUGUUCCCGCUCAUAGCCUGGUACCUUGCCGUGGUGAGCGGGCAUCAUUGAGAAUGAGUAGUUGGCGUCACUCGCCGGCAGGUAAGGUUGCCGUCUGGUCAUUGGAAUCCCAUAGAGAUCGAUACAAGUUAGUGGCUUGUUAUUUGUUCGAUUUUGAGACACAAAUAGGCUAACAAGUCACUAUUUCCUAUUCAUCUCAAUGGCAAGAGUACAAGUAUACCAUCCAAGAUGGCAACAAAAGCAACACGAUUUUCAGUUGAGAGCCGCCUUCUCCUAGAAAUCUAGAGGCACCAUAGCAGCAGCAAAUUUAAUUUGCUGUCCGGGCUAGUUUAGCUAAUCUUGCGGGCUGGAAAAAUUACAC